GAUGUCUUCAUUUGUUAUGGGGUUGAAGGCUGGAAGGUUGCCCUUUCUCCAAUCAGGAAAGAGGGUGUGAGUGUGCUACUUGGCUGCAUUUUCCUUCCUCUCAACCCCCUCACCCUCUUGUCUCUUGCAGAGAUCUUCCUCAGUACGGGCACAAGCAGUGGCAGUCCUACUUCGGCCGCACCUUUGACGUCUACACCAAGCUUUGGAAGUUUCAGCAGCAGCACAGGUCAGCUGACCACUGACUGCUCCGUUCUCUCUGACACACAUUUUCCCAGAUGGAUAGAUCAAGAACGUUUGAGCCUAGUGGAUUAGAUGGAGAAAUGUGUUGGCUUAAACAUUAAUUUUAAACGCAGCAUUGCUUCUUUUUUUUCUAUUCUUGCUUGGGAGCAGGCAGGUCCUGGACAAUCGGUAUGGCCUGAAGAGAUGGCAGAUAGGGGAGGUGGCAUCCAAAAUAGGCCAGCUGUACUACCACUACUAGUAAGGUUCCUCCCAACUGCACACGCACACACACACACACAGAAUGUUGUCACAUAUCCUUAUCUUUCAUGUCCUGGAACAUUUUGUUUGUCUGAUCCGUGCUUAAACUCCGGUAACUUGUGUGAUAACGAAUCCUGGUUCAAACAAUUUAUGGUACUUGAUGGAGAGGUCGGUCCAGUAUCUAGGAUCUAGGGGUGGGCCCGACUCUAAAUCCGUUAUUCGGAUGUGCACAAAAAGUUAAACUGGGAAAGAAAAUACUAAAUGUUUCAGAAUUAGCUGCCAUUUGUAGCUAUUUAGUUGCCACAUGUAGCACUGUUUGUGUGCACCUGUGAAUUAAGCAAUAAAAAAGGUACAAUGACAAAAAAACAAUGUAAAUCUUGUAAACUAAAAUUACUAUUUUAUUUGGGAUUAAAACUAAUAUGUUUGGCAUAACUGAAUUUUGGAAAGACUGACUAAAACAAAAUAAAAAACGGUGUGAGAUGGAUUUCUUUACGGUAUAAAAACAAGCUGACAUGCAGAAUUCGUAUUUCCUGAAGCGUUCUCUAAAUGUAUUGAGUUGAUCAAAUUUGUUUCGUUCUUGAUACACUUAUUCUGGAACUACCAGGGUACCAUUGUCACACUCAAUACCGAGGUCUUGGCACACCAUUUUCUCUUUUUGUGUUGUAGUCUUCGUACCUCAGAAACAAGUUACCUGAAUGAGGCCUUCUCGUUCUACUCGGCCAUCCGCCAGCGGUCCUACUACUAUCAGGUCAACAAAGAGGAUAGGUGAGUGCCAACGCAAGGCAUUUUAUUGAUUUUAAGAAAUUUGAUAGAGCACUCUGAACAUGCCCGUCUGGCUUCCAGUCAUUUUUGGUCCCAGGAGGUUAAUGCUAGCCAGAGGCUGUUGUAACAUAGCAAAACAACUGAACUAUGCACUUAAAAGCGUGGGUCAAUUGAAUACAGACAAGGUAUGGAUAAAACCAUAUACAUUUGUAUUUGGAGUGAAGUAUCCCUGACAGUCAGACAACUUAACAAUAAUGCAAAAAUACAUAUGAGUAACAGGGGUAGUUUAUAUACUUGCAGUUUCUGUGAUUUCUGUGAUUUAAAUCAAAUACAUAUAUUUUUUUUACCCUCAGCACAUUACGUUUUUCAACAUGUUCAAGAGCUUUUGAGGUCUGAACAACUUCAACCAAUGAGAUUUUAGAUAGCUAGCUAACGUUGCUAAUAACUUAGCUAGCUUGCUAAGGUUGGCAAUGUGAACAAACUAGCUACAUGAUUAAGGCUGUAAAUGGCUUUGUUUCAUUACCUAUUGGUUGAAAAGGUGAACGGUCAGUGAUGAAACGUGUCAACUCGUAGACUCAAAUUCUGAGUUUCCCACUUGUAACCCCGACUUGGAGCGUCGUUCGGCUAUGUUAGAGUUGGAAAGUUGUAUUUCCGAAUUUCCGACAGCACUUGAAUGCAGCUUUUUUAGCCACUAAAUAAUUGUCUGUUUGCUGCUGAACCAGGUGAACGUAGUAAUGGGUUAGCUGGCUUGCUAACAGGUUUUAAAAAAUGACAUUUUUCAAAACCCAGCUAAACCACUGAUGAGCUGUAAGAGCUGUGAAAGGUGGGUGAGUGAUUUAGCUAGCAACAAUCCACAUGGCGAUAAUGUUUAUUUUUACAUAAUGAUAUUUGUUGAAGGUGUUUAUGGUAGACUGAGCCAAAUUACAUAAUCACAUUUAAACAAGUAUACAUGUCUUUGUCACUUGUAUGAGCUCUCAAAAAGUCAUGAAAUCUAUAGAAAGAUACUGGCAGAGUACCUGCAGUCACAAAAUUGUUGUGAAUGUUCCAAAAGCUAGAUUCAUUUGGUGCUGCUGGAACAAAACACAUAAACAUUUUACUCUGUGUGUUUGUGCUUGCCAGGGAUAGAUUGUAACACAACUCUGUAUUCCAUUGUCUCACCCUCCUGUUAGGCCUGAGUUGGUAGUGAAGAAGCUUCGGUAUUAUGCCCGGUACAUAGUUGUCUGUUUACUUCUGAACAAGAUGGACCUAGUGAAACUGCUGGUCAAGGUAAGAAACAUGUGGAUAAACAAACGAUUACCAGAGGAUGUUCUCAAUCUCCUUUGUAUCUAUUUAGGCCUUUCUGUUGUAUUUAUUUUAUUUUUGGAGUUUAGUAUGUAGACGUUUCAGCCUGAAAAUGUUUAAUUAUAAAAUACAUAUAUUUAACUUGCAUGCAUUAGUGUGCUUUGUAUGGUGUGUAUAACAUGGGUCUCCCCUCCUGCAGGAGCUGUCAGAGGAAAUCGAGGACUACACACAGCGUUUCAACACAGAAGAUCAGUUGGAAUGGAAUCUGGUCUUACAGGAGGUGGCAGCUUUUGUGGAGGUCAGAUCCCAAAUAGGUUGUGUGUUUGUACUGAUAUGUAGGCUACGUGUGCCUUUUUAAAAUUGAUGUAGUUCUGUCCUUGAGCUGCUCUUGUCUAUUAAUGUUAUGUAUUAUGUCAUGCUUCAUGUUUUGUGUGGACCCCAGGAAGAGUAGCUGCUGCUUUCGCAACCGCUAAUGGGGAUCCUAAUAAAAUACCAAAGAAUAACCUGACUGUAUAUAAAGAAACACUGCAGGAGUGUUUUACACACUAAUGAUAGGCAGUUAACCCCCUUAGAGUCUAUGUCCGCGGCCCCGCAGAACAAUUUAAUUAGCAUGAUAAUAAUACAUCCCCAUCAAAAUCUGUCAGUUUAAGCUAUAAUGACCCCUCUUCAUGGAAAGAUGAGACUCUAACGAACACGAUAGUGUUCUCUGUUUUGUUCUACGACCCUCACAAGCGUCACGGGACUCGUCUGAAGUCAGAACAGCCGAUCUGCCAACUUCUGUCUGUAGCGUCCAAACAGUUUGGGCUACACUCUAUGACCACUGUAUGGAAAGGCAAGUCUGUCACGAACACGUACAGUACCAGUCAAAAGUUUGGACACACCUACACAUUCAAGGGUUUUUCUUUAUUUUUACUAUUUUUUACAUUGUAGAAUAAUAGUGAAGACAUCAAAACUAUGAAAUAACACAUAUGGAAUCAUGUAGUAACCAAAGAAGUUUUAAACAAAUAAAUUUUUUUGAGAUUCUUCAAAUAGCCACCCUUUGCCUUGACAGCUUUGCACACUCUUGGCAUUCUCUUAACCAGCUUCACCUGGAAUGCUUUUCCAACAGUCUUGAAGGAGUUCCCACAUAUGCUGAGCACUUGUUGGCUGCUUUUCCUUCACUCUGCUGUCCGACUCAUCCCAAACCAUCUCAAUUGGGUUGAGGUCGGGGGAUUGUGGAGGCCAGGUCAUCUGAUGCAGCACUCCAUCACUCUCCUUCUUGGUCAAAUAGCCCUUACACAACCUGGAGGUGUGUUGGGUCAUUGUCCUGUUGAAAAACAAAUGAUAGUCCCACUAAACCCAAACCAGAUGAGAUGGCGUAUCGCUGCAGAAUGCUGUCGUAGCCAUGCUGGUUAAGUGUGCCUUGAAUUCAAAAUAAAUCACAGACAGUGUCACCAGCAAAGCACCCCCAAACCAUAACACGACCUCCUCCAUGCUUUAUGGUUGGAACUACACAUGCAGAGAUCAUCCGUUCACCCACACCGCGUCUCACAAAGACACAGUGGUUUGAACCAAAAAUCUCAAAUUUGGACUCCAGACCAAAGGACACAUUUCCACCGGUCUAAUGUCCAUUGCUCGUGUUUCUUGGCCCAAGCAGAUCUCUUCUUCUUAUUGGUGUCCUAUAGUAGUGGUUUCUUUGCAGCAAUUCGACCAUGAAGGCCUGAUUCACACAGUCCCCUCUGAACAGUUGAUGUUGAGAUGUGUCUGUUACUUGAACUCUUUAUUUGGGCUGCAAUUUCUGAGGCUAGUAACUCUAAUGAACUUACCCUCUGCAGCAGCGGUAACUCUGGGUCUUCCAUUCCUGUGGUGGUCCUCAUGAGAGUCAGUUUCAUUAUAGCGCUUGAUGGUUUUUGUGACUGCACUUGAAGAAACCAUGAAGCUGGUUCAGAGAAUGCCAAGAGUGUGCAAAGCCGUCAUCAAGGCAAAUGGUGGCUAUUUGAAGAAUCUCAAAUAUAAAAUAUAUUUUGAUUUGUUGAACACUUUUUUGGUUACUACAUGAUUCCAUGUGUUAUUUCAUAGUUUUGAUGUCUUCAAUAUUAUUCUACAAUGUAAAAAAUUGUACAAAUAAAAACCCUUGAAUGAGGUAGGUGUGUCCAAACUUUUGACUGGUACUGUAUAUGUCGGUUGUUUUGCUCUAGGACGCCCACAAGCCUCACAAGAAUAAUCUGAAGGUAGCCGGGUACCAGUUAAAAAAAUUAAUGAAGGUACAGUUGAAGUCGGAAGUUUACAUACACUUAGGUUGGAGUCAUUAAAACUUGUUUUUCAACCACUCCACAAAUGUCUUUUUUUUUAAACUAUAGUUUUGGCAAGUCGGUUAGGACAUCUACUUUGUGCAUGACACAAGUAAUAUUUCCAACAAUUGUUUACAGACAGAUCAUUUCACUUAUAAUUCACUGUAUCACAAUUCCAGUGGGUCAGAAGUUUACAUACACUAAGUUGACUGUGCCUUUAAACAGCUUGGAAAAUUCCAGAGAAUGAGGUCAUGGCUUUAGAAGCUUCUGAUAGGCUAAUUUACAUAAUUUGAGUCAAUUGGAGGUGUACCUGUGGAUGUAUUUCAAGGCCUACCUUCAAACUCAGUGCCUCUUUGCUUGACAUCAUGAUAAAAUCAGCCAAGACCUCAGGAAAAAAAUUGUAGACCUCCACAAGUCUGGUUCAUCCUUGGGAGCAAUUUCCAAACACCUGAAGGUACCACGUUCUUCUGUACAAACAAUAGUACGCAAGUAUAAACACCAUGGGACCACGCAGCCGUCAUACCGCUCAGGAAGGAGACGCGUUCUGUCUCCUAGAGAUGAACGUACUUUGGUGCGAAAAGUGCAAAUCAAUCCCAGAAUAACAGCAAAGGACCUUGUGAAGAUGAUGGAGGAAACGGUUGCAAAAGUAUCUAUAUCCACAGUAAAACAAGUCCUAUAUCGACCUAACCUGAAAGGCCGCUUAGCAAGGAAGAAGCCACUUUUCCAAAACCGCCAUAAAUAAGACAGACUAUGGUUUGCAACUGCACAUGGGGAUAAAGAUCGUACUUUUUGGAGAAAUGUCCUCUGAUCUGAUUAAACAAAUAUAUAACUGUUUGGCCAUAAUGACCAUUGUUAUGUUUGGAGGAAAAAUGGGGCAGCUUGCAAGCCGAAGAACACCAUCCCAACCAUGAAGCAUGGGGGUGGCAGCAUCAUGCUGUGGGGGUGCUUUGCUGCAGGAGGGAGUGGUGCACUUCACAAAAUAGAUGGCAUCAUGAGGAAGGAAAAUUACGUGGAUAUAUUGAAGCAACAUCUCAAGACAUCAGUCAGGAAGUUAAAGCUUGGUCGCAAAUGGGUCUUCCAAAUGGACAAUGACCCCAAGCAUACUUCCAAAGUUGUGGCAAAAUGGCUUAAGGACAACAAAGUCAAGGUAUUGAAGUGGCCAUCACAAAGCCCUGACCUCAAUCCUAUAGAAAAUGUGUGGGCAGAACUGAAAAAGCGUGUGCGAGCAAGGAGGCCUACAAACCUGACUCAGUUACACCAGCUCUGUCAGGAGGAGUGGGCCAAAAUUCACCCAACUUAUUGUAGGAAGCUUGUGGAAGACUACCUGAAACGUUUGACCCAAGUUAAACAAUUUAAAGGCAAUGCUACCAAAUACUAAUUGAGUGUAUGUAAACUUCUGACCCACUGGGAAUGUGAUGAAAGAAAUAAAAGCUGAAAUAAAUCAUUCACUCUACUAUUAUUCUGACAUUUCACAUUCUUAAAAUAAAGUAGUGAUCCUAACUGACCUAAGACAGGGAAUUUUUACUAGGAUUAAAUGUCAGGAAUUGUGAAAAACUGAAUUUUUAAAUGUAGUUGGCUAAGGUGUAUGUAAACUUCCGACUUCAACUGUAUAUGUGGAGAUACUAGUUUAGUGCAUAAAAUAAGGGGUUAAAUCCAUGUAAAAAUAAUGAAGUUUCGUAUAUCUCUGAUAUAGGACAUAUACUUCAGAACAAACUUCCUUUAGAUAAUUUUUUUGACCAUAUGUUAUUCCAUGAAGCUGUUAUUCAAUGCGUUUCUUUGGGUUAAUUAGCAGUAAGGCAAAAAAAAAAAAAGAUACCUUACGUGGUCCUAAAAUUUAAAAUUAAACAGCUAAAUGAUCACUGGUUGAAAAAUUCCAUAUGUUCGCUUAGUAGAACCUGACUUGUCUUGUUAAAUAAAGGUUACAUUUUUUUAAAUUCAAAAAUAUGCAGGGACAUUUCAUAAAGAUACUCAGAGUAAACUUUUGCAGUCUUGAGAGAAAUGAUCAGCUUUGAGGAUGGGUUUGGCUUAUGUCGUUAUAAGCAGAGGUUUUGGUUUUUAACAGUAUUGGUAUGAACUUACUUUAUCCCUUCACGAUCUCUUGAUGACUUUUACCUUACUGUGCCUACUGCCCAUUUCCUACUACGAAAGGGGGAAAUGUCAUAACUUAUGAAUGAAGGAUAUAAUCAACACUUAAAGGAGGCCUCCACGAGUCAGCAAAAAUUGGAUGGGUUUCCACCAAGCAUUACUAAAGUAUUAUCAACAGUGGCUAACCUAUUAACUGAAGGACUGUCAUUUAAUUAAUUCAGCAUUUGGGGGAUGAAAUUAUGAAUGUGUAUUUGUCAAUCUGCGAUAUUUUGUGUAAAAAAUGUUGCAUACCACAGAAGUGUUAGUAGAACAGUGUGCACAUUCGAGUACAAGUGAAGCUGUGCACAAGUGAAGCUAUGUGUGAUAGGUUUGUAAAGUGUGUGUGUGUGUGUGUUUUGUUUCUGUGAGCAGGCAGACCCAGUGGUGGUGCUGAACGAUGAAAAUACUGUGGUCUUCACAUCCAAUCGACUACAGGAGGGGGGCGUGCCUCAGUUGGAACAGGGAAUGGUGGUUGGCCAGCUCACCCUGGCAGAUGCACUAAUCAUUGGCAACUGCAACAACCAGGUGUGUGAACACAGAUUCUAGUCUAAAGCCCAGCUCUAAAACAACUCCUAGACCACAUUCUAAACUAUAAUAAUUUGUGUUUGUCAGGUCAAGUUCAGUGAGCUAACCAUCGAUAUGUUCCGCAUACUCCAAGCUUUGGAGCGGGAACCAGUCAACCUGGCUACGACGACUUCUAAACCUGGAACAUUGGUGAGGGGGAAUACUGGAAACGCAUCUUACACUAAUGUGUUGUGGACAACAACACAGCCAGAAUAUUGCAAAUGUAAAAGUCUCGAAUGUGAUAUGGGCGAAAGGCAGCGCUGGCAACCCUGCAUGAAACCUGUCCUGUAAACAGCUGCUUACUCUGUGUCUUCCUUCACAGGCCCUUACCCCAUGUCUUCCUUCACAGGAACCCAGCGAGAAGCCAGCCAAGAGAGAAAACCCUCACAAGUACCUGCUGUACAAGCCAACGUUCAGCCAGCUCUACACCUUCUUGUCUGCCUCCUUUAAGGUCAGUCUCCACCGGUCUUCCCUCUGCUCUGCCUUCAUGUUCCAAAAUGGCUGCUUAGCCAUCAUGCUUGGCCGAGCUGAAGAAAGUUGUUGCUACUUUUCAUCACCCCCACCUUUUAUCUGCCUUUUUAUAAGCUUGUGGAUUUAGCAAAAUGCCAGUAGCUUUUAUAUGUAGUCGUUUUAGUGGUACUCUACUCCUGUGCAAAGAAUUCUGUCUAGCUUACCUUAAAGGUGUUAAUUUGACAACAAAUCAGGUCCUACCUAGGGCUGUUACGGUGACCGUAUUACCGCCACACCGGUGGUCACGAGUCAUGAAGGCAGUCAAAUUCCACGUGACCGUUUAGUCAUGGUAAUUAGGCUUAUCCAAGCUCUGAUGCUGCUGAUGGUCAUUAGUAGCCUACCAAACUUGCUAACUGCCUGGUACUCAGCACUCUAAUCACUCUGACUUCAAUGCAAAUCUAAUCAAACAUUUAAUGAGAGCCCAUGAGCUCAUGUUGCGCAACAUUUCUAUAGGCUAUGCAAUUGCAUGCAAAAAACAGAGUGAUGGCCUCUACUAAAAAGAGGAGGAUCCCAUCAGCUUUCUAUAGGCUAGGCCUACUAUAUUUAUUUCUCAACUUUCCUAAUAUUAAGCACAUUGCUUAUCUUUACAACAGGAGUAUAGCCUACCUGGUUGGCAUGAAAUGAACCACGGGAAAAGCAUCCUUCAUUCGCUAUUUAAGUGCGUAGAUGACAUGUAUUUUUUUACGCUGCCGCUGUUUCGAGACAGGUUCAUGAUAAUGGUCCAUUCUAAAUCAAAACAAAUUUCACACAUAUUUAGUAUAUGUAAAGACGAGAUUAAAGACAAGAUUAAAUCAAGAAUAGUGUGAUGGGUGACAAUAUUAGCCUAUCACUUGUGAAUUAUGUAUUAUCACUUCUGAAUGAUGCCCAGCUUAAGGCAAGAAACGGCACAUUAUAUAUAUAUUUUUUCAAAUCAUAGUCGCACACCUCAUGGUAACCUACAGUGAGGGAAAAAAGUAUUUGAUCCCCUGCUGAUUUUGUACGUUUGCCCACUGACAAAGAAAUGAUCAGUCUAUAAUUUUAAUGGUAGGUUUAUUUGAACAGUGAGAGACAGAAUUACAACAAAAAAAUCCAGAAAAACGCAUGUCAAAAAUGUUAUAAAUUGAUUUGCAUUUUAAUGAGGGAAAUAAGUUUUCGAGGCUGACGUUUGGCAACUCGAACCUUCAGCUCCCUCCACAUAUUUUCUAUUGGAUUAAGGUCUGGAGACUGGCUAGGCCACUCCAGGACGUUAAUGUGCUUUUUCUUGAGCCACUCCUUUGUUGCCUUGGCCGUGUGUUUUGGGUCAUUGUCAUGCUGGAAUACCCAUCCACGACCCAUUUUCAAUGCCCUGGCUGAGGGAAGGAGGUUCUCACCCGAGAUUUGACGGUACAUGGCCCCGUCCAUCGUCCCUUUGAUGUGGUGAAGUUGUCCUGUCCCCUUAGCAGAAAAACACCCCCAAAGCAUAAUGUUUCCACCUCCAUGUUUGACGGUGGGGAUGGUGUUCUUGGGGUCAUAGGCAGCAUUCCUCCUCCUCCUCCAAACACGGUGAGUUUAGUUGAUGCCAAAGAGCUCAGUUUUGGUCUCAUCUGACCACAACACUUUCACGCAGUUCUCCUCUGAAUCAUUCAGAUGUUCAUUGGCAAACUUCAGACGGGCCUGUAUAUGUGCUUUCUUGAGCAGGGGGACCUUGCAGGCGCUGCAGGAUUUCAGUCCUUCAGGAAUCCUGCAGGAUUUCAGUAGUGUGUUACCAAUUGUUUUCUUGGUGACUAUGGUCCCAGCUGCCCGUGUAGUUCUGGGCUGAUUCCUCACCGUUCUCAUGAUCAUUGCAACUCCACUAGGUGAGAUCUUGCAUGGAGUCCCAGGCCGAGGGAGAUUGACAGUUAUUUUGUGUUUCUUCCAUUUGCGAGUAAUCGCACCAACUGUUGUCACCUUCUCACCAAGCUGCUUGGCGAUGGUCUUGUAGCCCAUUCCAGCCUUGUGUAGGUCUACAAUCUUGUCCCUGACAUCCCUGGAGAGCUCUUUGGUCUUGGCCAUGGUGGAUAGUUUGGAAUCUGAUUGAUUGAUUGCUUCUGUGGACAGGUGUCUUUUAUACAGGUAACAAACUGAGAUUAGGAGCACUCCCUUUAAGAGUGUGCUCCUAAUCUCAGUUUGUUACCUGUAUAAAAGCACCUGGGAGCCAGAAAUCUUUCUGAUUGAGAGGGGGUCAAAUACUUAUUUCCCUCAUUUAAAAUGCAAAUCAAUUUAUAACAUUUUUUACAUGCGUUUUUCUGGAUUUUUUUGUUGUUAUUCUGUCUCUCACUGUUCAAAUAAACCUACCAUUACAAUUAUAGACUGAUCAUUUCUUUGUCGGUGGGCAAAUGUACAAAAUCAGCAGGGGAUCAAAUACUUUUUUCCCUCACUGUAUUCCAUAGGCCUAUAUGUUUUAAUAAGGUUUGUAUCACAACUAAAGUGGCCAAAUAACUUCUUAAAAUUAAGCACAUUCAUCUGCUUUACAAUGGGUGUAGAGCCUAACUGGCAUACGUACACAGAGUGUGAGUUUCACCAUUGAAAUGCACCUUUAUAAUAAAAGCAUUACAUGCAUAAUCGCAUUUGUGGUCACGUUUGAGAAUGGUGUUUUCCUGCUAAUGGAACAUUCAUGCUUAUAGCCUGCUGCCGUGUGUGCAUUGCUGUCCUUAUAAUGUGAAGAAAUAGCCUCAUAGUUUAUCAACAUUUUAAGCUAAACGUUCUCAUCUGUUGCGUCAGGCUCAUUGCUUUAAACAGGUUUUUUGAUGCAGGUGGUUGUAUUAAUUUGGGAUCUAUCACAUCCCACAACUGUCCCAGACUGUUUGGAAUAUUUAUUUAUCGCACAGAAUAGAAUAGGUCAACUUUUGUACUAUGGGGGAUAGUAGAUUGACAUAGGCUAGUGCUUUUGCUGUUCGUUAGGCCUACUCAUCUAGUUGGCUGACGAAAAGUAAAUGUGGACAGUUCUUCCAAUAUGCGCCUCGGAGUUGUGUCCCCAAUGUGUCAGUCUUCACUUGUAGCCUGUGAGAAAGAUCCAAUCACGUGACUGAGAGCCCCGUGAGUGAGAGAUGCUUCGGCACGCAGCCGGGAGAAGGGAAUUAUUAUAUUCAGCCCAAGGGCACAACUGCAUGGAUCUUUUAUAGGGGCAUUACGGCCACACAAAGGGGAUGCAGCUGGGAAAUUCGAGGCAUUAUCAAGUGCUUGUCAAAUUGUGAGUGAGAGGUGUUUCUUUGUUAACCGCUCAACACAGAAUAGCCGCAUGUGCGCACUCCCUCAAAUCGUUUGGAGAAAAUAUCCUUUCUAUUUUAUUCAGCUUUGUUCAAUUGUAUUCUUCAUACUAUAAAAUAAUAAGCAAAUGUUGUCUGCUAAAUUAACUACUGUAGCCCACAGCCAAUUGACAUAGCCAGAUCAGGACCUAACAUAAGGACAAGUCAGAGUAUGCUAUGCUGUUCUUCUAAAAUAGACUACAUUUUCUUCCUAUCAUGUUUCUUUAGACCUGUCUAAAAUAAAUAAUGGAUUUAUUGUGAAGGUGUAGGCUAUAUUACAUGGAUUUAUUAGACUUUUUUUAAAUGAAGGUGUUCCAAAGGUCUGCAUCAGUGACUUGUAGGCUGUGUGUGGAAGCCAGGAGAUGCUAAAUGUGUUUAUGUUAAUUAACAGUCAAUUACCGUGAGACCGGCAGUUAUUUGCUUGACUGUCACCGGCUGAUAAUAUUUCAUGACCGCCACAGCCCUAGUCCUACCCAAUGGAAAUGGAAACGCUGAACAGAAAAAAAUCUACAUCCUGUUCUAGAGAACAUCCUAAUGGAAUCCCAUCAGAAUUGAAUAAAAUGUAAAUAAAAUGUAUAUUUGAAUAGAUUAACGUAGAUUUGACCAAACUCUACAAUUUCUGGAUGGUAUUGGCUGAUUUUAGGUGUUGUUUUGUAGGAGUUGCCAGCGAACAGUGUGCUGCUCGUCUAUCUUUCAGCUACUGGAGUCUUCCCUACCGGACGCUUGGAUUAUGAGGGUACACCAGCCCCCCCUUACAUUUUGUAAACACACACUCACUGGUUCACACACUGGUCAGCUUCUUCCAGCAGGAGCUGAAAUUCAUCUGAUAAUUUAUUCCAAAAAUGUAUUUGACUGUGUUUUUUUUAUCAGGACCAUAUGACUUUGGAGGAGUUCUCACCAACACAAACCGUGAUGUGGUGAACGGGGAGACUGUACAGAAAAGGAACCAAGCCCAAAAAGAGAUGCACUGGUAAGGAACAGGCGCUGGCAGUCCACUUUCCUCAAUAUGUUUUUUAACAUUUGGCAGACAUGAGAUGCAUGUACAGUAUUGGCCUUUAAGAAGUUACAGAGAACUUGCAAAGCCCACUUUAUUUGUAAACAUACUCUACGAUAUUCACCCAAAUUGUUUGUAACGUGUGUGUGUGUACAUGCAAUGACUGUUGACUUCUGUAUGCCUUAGCCUUCACCCUGGGGACUUGUUCCCUUUCACCCGGAAGCCUCUUUUUGUCAUUGUGGACUCUUCCAACAGCACAGCCUAUAAGGUUGGUGAGAAUUACAUUCAUCACAAUUCCACCUUUUUUGGGUUAAGAUGAGGAUAAUGAUAACUUUAUGAGGUGCUUUUCAUACAUUGGUAAAACACUCAACAACUUGUUUUAAUUAAGACUUUCAUCAGCAUACUUAAAUUGAUUGAUGGUAGUUCCCUGGAUUUUCGUCAUAUUAUUUUACUGAACAAAAAUAGAAAAGCAACAUGCAACAAUUUCAAUGAUUUUACUGAGUUACAGUUCAUAUAAGGAAAUAAGUCUAUUGAAAUAAAUUCAUUAGGCCCUAAUCUAUGGAUUUCACAUGACUGGGCAGGGGUGCAGCCAUGGGUGGCCUUAGGAACCAGGCCCAUCCAAUCCCCACAAAAGGGCAUUAUUACAGACAGAAAUACUCCUCAGCACCCCCCACCCCAACCCUCAGACAAUCCCGCAGGUGAAGAAGCCGGAUGUUGAGGUCCCGGGCUGGUGGGGUUACACGUGGUCUGCGGCUGUGAGGCUGAUUGGACGUACUGUCAAAUUCUCUAAAACGACGUUGGAGGCACCUUAUGAUAGAGAAAUGUACGUUCAAUUCUCUGGCAACAGCUCUGGUGGACAUUCCUGCAUUCAGCAUGCCAAUUGCAAGCUCCCUCAAAACUGUGGCAUUGGGUUGUGUGAUCAACUGCACAUUUUAGUGGCAUUUUAUUGUCCCCAGCACAAGGUGCACCUGUGUAAUGAUCAUGCUGUUUAAUCAGCUUCUUGAUAUGCCACACCUGUCAGGUGGAGGGAUUAUCUUGGCAAAGGAGAAAUGCUCACUAACAGGGAUGUAAACAAAUGUUUGCACAAAAUUUGAGAAAUAAGCUUUUUUUGCGAAUGGAAACUUCUUGGAUUUUUUUAUUUCAGCUCAUGAAACAUGGGACCAACACUUUACACGUUGCGUUUAUAUUUUUGUUCAGUGUUGUAUUAAAAACAAAAUAAUAAAGGUAACACAACACAACCCAGGGGGGCACCAGGGAGAUAGGGAGACAAGAUAGGGAGACAAGAUUGAGAACAAGGCAUGCAGAGCUUAGUUAGGAGAUCAACUUGUUAGACUAAUUUUAAGAUGCAUUUAAAGAAAAGUGGACUAUUCCUUUUGAGAAUUCACUCUGGCGUGAUCCUUACUAAUGCUAAUAUUAAUGCAUUCUUGUAUCUCCAUGUAGAAUUUCACCAAUCUCUUCGGUCAGCCGCUGGUGUGCCUGCUAUCUCCCACAGUCUAUCCAAAGAGCAUGCAAGGUUAGUUUGUCACUAUUAUUACAGCUUUUUACGCCUAUGUACUCCUCUUAAUUAGCGCGUUACAGGCAACUGUCAAUUACUUUCAUUGUUGAAGUCGGCAAUUACACUGUGCAAACUCUUAACUAUUCUAGAAAAUAGCUCGUAGAGCUUGUCAGUUCAUUCUCAAAUGCAUUGGCCUAUUAAUACCAGCCAUUGUACUCGUUUAGACCUACUUAUGUGGCAGAUUGUUUUCCAUUGGAUUCUGCUAUUAUUUUAAUUCAUUUUAUUGAUUUGGUUUAGAAAUUUGUGGGCAGAAUAAGCCACGUGAGAUGAGACGUUUUUGUGGGUGUUCUGAGAAAAACUGUUCUAUGAAUGCAUCUCAACCUGGUCUCCUUCUUCUCUCAGACCAGUCCCAGCGCGGCAGCCUCUUCACACUCUUCCUUUACUGCCCCCUUCUGGCCUUCCUGUCAGUGUGUGGCCUGAGCAGCCUACGCCAAGGAUUGUGGGAGAAGGCAGAGGAGUUUCUAUACAAGGUGUACCGUGACAUCGGCCAGAUGAUUACACGCUCACAAGCUAUAGGUAUGUUUAUUUUUGUGGCAAUUUUUUAGACGUUUUGUCAUUUUAAGUGCAAAUGUCACAACCAUAACGGUGGAAUUUCUCCUUCACAGACCAAGCUUUUCUACAGUUCUACGGUGAUGAGUUCCUUCGAUUGUUACUGAUCCGCUUUGUGUUCUGCUCGGCUACACUGAGACUGCACAAGCUCUUCCGGGUAAAUCAGUUUUAUUGUGCCCUUGAUACUUAGUUACAUCUCCCAUAGUUAUUCACGGCAGUUACGGUAAUUAGGGGCUAAAAUGUAAUGUCCCUUCUCUCUCUGUCUGCCUUUUGCAGGAGUCCAGGAGCUUCCCGGAAUCGUACCCUCAGCUACCCAAACAGGACACGGUGGAGAGCAGCCUCCUGCAGAAGCAUGUUCUGGAGCUGGCUGCCAUGUUGGAUGUGCGGAGCCUCUUUUGGGACGGAACGCUGGACGUGAACUACUGACCUUCAGCUGCCCAGCUAGUCACCACAACUAUACAAACACAGACCAACCACAGACACGCAGACCACCGCUAUACACACUCGCACAAGGGAGAGUCCUCAUCUUUCAGAGGUAAUGAAGUUACUGGUUGAACACACUGCAAUAGUGUCCGUUUCUUUUUAACCCAAGACCCCCUUAUUUUCCCCACCUUAUCUACUUUUUUACCCUAUCGGCUAUAUUUAUUUUGAAUACAUUCAUACAGCUACUUGUGGAAGUCAACUAUGUACAAUGCAAACAUGAACAAGUCACCUAGCUACUUAUAUCCACAUGAGAUGAGCAUGUACUUCCGUGUUGUUACUCAUAAAAAAGCACUCAAAUGAACACAUGGUGCAGCUAUUUUAGUCUGAGGGCGGCAGGAGGACAUAUGAAGCUAUUGAGGGCUUUUACACUUAAAAAGACAGAAAAGAAAUUAACAUAGUUUUGCAACAGCACUGCCUGCAAUGGGUUCUAGAUGGACUGCAAAUGGACUUCAAUGCAAGCUGCAGGGAUGUCUCAUCUUCUGUGCGUGGGUAGAUGUGUUGGCCAAGUUGACUGGAUGUAGGGUUUAGAGUGAGACUACUCUGCAUGUUUGUUUACCCGACUAGAUCUGCUGGUUUUAACACAUAUCUAAUUCUAACGUAAUUGCCUGGAAGUUGCUUUUUUUAGUUUUGUUUCAUUAGUCUGUUCUGUAUAACUGAGGCCUGGAGGGGUAAAGUAACAGAGUGCCUAUGCAGACCCUCAUGAACAGUUUAGCCCUGUUCAGAAACAACCCCUUGCCCCUACCCUCUAGGCACCAGCUCCGACCCUUUAGGUACCAGCUCCUACCCUCUAGGUACUAACAUAGGGUGGCGUAGUCGGCGGCUCUGAAUGAUCUGCAAACAUGUCAGCUCAUUUAGUGCAGUGACUGAGCAAGCGGGUGGUCGCUAAUCUAUUUUCACUGUCUUUUACUCCUUGUAUCAGAGAAAGUUUUCGGACUGUGUUUAACACGGGUAUAUGUUUAAGCACCCUGCAGGUACACAGCUACCCAGCCCCUCACAGGCUAAUCAAAAUAGAUAAAUAGACAUCUCUCCCAAUCUUCUGCUUUUUCAAAGAAAUCACUUCAGAAACCAGGGUAACACUCCUUCUGGGGUGGAUCUUUUAAAAGAUUUUUCUUUGACCUUGAUUGGCAGCAUAUCGUUGGCAGCAUAUCUUUUGAGACAUUGCAGGGUUGGAAAAGGCCUCUUUCUCCAUGCUGUAGCCUAUAUGUUUUGGGGGUUGCAUCCCAUGGCAAUUCUAGUCUUACGUGUAUCCUCUUCUUUACCGGCUUUCUCCUGACCAGUUCUUUCAGACCAGUGGGGAUGAAGGAAAGUAGGUAAAGGGGGGAGAUUCUGAGAUUCACCCCUCCUGAUUCAAAAACGGUUGGUUUCUGGGAAAUGUAGGACUUUUAGAGGCCCUGUGUCAUUCAUUAUAACUAAGCCCCCAUAAUGGCAUUCCUCUGUCUUACGCAUGAUGGUUUACUGGAGAGAGUUCAUGCUGCUGUUUCUCUCUUUCUUUGCAUGUCUUAUCAGUAUUAUUGUCCAUAGAGUUUACUCUGUGGAGUUCAUGUUAGUCUGAUUGCAGGUCAGUUCCAGCGUUAGCCGUCUAGCGAGUGCUCUGCAUGGCAGCAAGCAUCUUCUCAUUUCCUUUUAUUGAUGGGGGCUUGAAGCAAUGGAACCGGCUAGUGCUGAAACGGACUCCUGGCAACCAGUUUUAAGUAUGUGUGUGGUGAUGAACAAAAAUAGCCAAACAAUUUUGUUUUUUGUAUUUACUGAGAGAGAAAAAAAUGAAUUUCAAAAGUAAGAAAAUCACAAUUUUAAAUGUAUAUUUAUGUAUAAUUGAAAAUAACCGUAUGUGAUACAGAGAGAUGUUUUGUCUUUAGUACGUAUGUCGAAUAGUUAAUUGUAGAAGCUGUGAAAAAUAUAUGCAGUUGGCAUAGCAAUUUAAUGAAUGAA